AAUAAAUUCAGCCAAUUAUGCCUCUGACAUUCUGGUACAACUGCCUCUCUGAUCCUUCAAGAUCGGUGUAUUAUGUGAUCAAGAAGCUAGGGAUCGAGCAUGAGCUCAACAUUGUAGAGAUCGGAAAGGAAACUAGAACUGAAGAGUUCAAGAAAGAUGUCAACCCAGCAGGUACCGUACCAGUUAUCAAGCAUGACGACGAUUUUAUCUAUGAGAGUGCGAACAUUAUCAGAUAUCUGCUUGAUUCUUUUGAUCCAGAAGAUAUUCUACUCCCUAGGACUAACCUUAAAGAGAGAGCUAAAGUAGGAUACUGGCUUGAUUGGAGAAACACUACUUAUAGACCACCCUCCCAACUAGCAAUCGAUGAGAUUACAGUUGAACCUCUUUUGUUCGGAGCUGAAAAACCAUCUGACGAAGAAUGUAAGAAGAUGGUAGGAAAAGUUUAUGAUAAUCUAAAAGUUAUCGAAGCUGCAGUAACAGAUAAAUCAUAUCUUACAGGAGAAAAUCUAACAAUUGCUGAUGUGUAUCUUUACAACGAAGUUCUAGAAGGUCAGAAGUUCAUUGAGCUUGAAGUCAAGGGAAAGACCAAGGAGUGGUUUGAAAGAGUAGAGGAAGAUGAAACAGUUAAAGAGAUCACAGAUUCUUUCUUAGAGGCUCUUUCAAAGUUUUAACUAGCUAUCCAAAAAUGAUAUAAAAAGAUUUGUCAAUCUAAAAUU